CCAGGGCAGGGCCGGAUGGAUCUUUUGGGAUCUUUUGGGAUCUUUUUUUCCGGGUUUUCCCGCUCCCCCCCCUGCGCGGGGCCCUCCCGGCCGCCAGGCGGCGCCAUCGCGGCGGGGCGGGGUGCGGUGACGUCACGGCCACGCCGGGUGGGCCGAUGCAGCGGCAGCGGGAGCGGCACCGGCAACACCGGGAACGGCACCGGGAACAGCGGGAGCAGCGCCGGGAACGGCGGCAGCAGGAGCCCUGGGAGCGCCACCAUGGAGUACGUGAGCCCCGAGCAGCUCGCUGGCUUCAGCAAGUACAAGUACAGCGCCGUGGACAGCAACCCCUUGUCCCUGUAUGUCAUGCAUCCCUUCUGGAAUGCCAUCGUGAAGAUCUUCCCUACCUGGCUGGCCCCAAAUUUGAUAACGUUUUCUGGCUUCCUGCUGCUUGUCUUCAACUUCUUCCUCAUGGCGUACUUCGACCCUGACUUUUAUGCUUCUGCUCCUGAUCACCAGCAUGUUCCAAAUGGAGUAUGGAUUGUGGUGGGGCUCCUCAACUUCAUGGCCUACACGUUAGACGGCGUUGAUGGGAAGCAGGCACGCCGGACCAACUCCAGCACCCCCCUGGGAGAGCUCUUUGACCACGGCCUGGACAGCUGGGCCUGCGUGUACUUUGUGGUCACCGUGUACUCCACCUUCGGCCGGGGUUCCACCGGCGUCAGCGUCUUCGUCCUCUACCUCCUGCUGUGGGUGGUCUUGUUUUCCUUCAUCCUCUCCCACUGGGAGAAGUAUAACACGGGGAUUCUCUUCCUGCCCUGGGGAUAUGACAUCAGCCAGGUGACCAUUUCAAUUGUCUACAUAGUGACAGCCUUUGUGGGAGUUGAGGCCUGGUAUGCACCUUUCCUGUUUAAUUUCUUAUAUAGAGACCUAUUCACUGCAAUGAUUAUUGCCUGUGCCCUCACUGUGACCCUGCCCAUGAGCCUGUACAACUUCUACAAGGCCUAUAAAAAUAACACCUUGAAGCACCACUCUGUGUAUGAAAUCCUGCUGCCCCUCGUGUCCCCGGUGUUGCUGUUCCUGCUCUGCACCACCUGGAUCUUCCUGUCCCCCACUGACAUCCUGGAGGUCCAGCCCAGGCUCUUCUAUUUCAUGGUUGGAACAGCCUUCGCCAACAUCUCUUGCCAGCUGAUCGUGUGCCAGAUGAGCAGCACACGGUGCCAGCCCCUCAACUGGAUGCUGCUCCCCAUCGCGGCCGUGCUGCUCCUGGUGGUGUCCGGGCUGGCUCCCAGCAGCGAAACGCUCCUGCUGUACCUGCUGACCGCCUUCCUCACCCUGGCACACAUCCACUACGGAGUGGUCGUGGUGAGCCAGCUGAGCAGGCACUUCAACAUCCGGCCCUUCUCCCUACGGAAGCCCACUCCGGACUGACUGGGAGCAGAGGAGGAGAAAAUCGGCCUGCGGGCUGCAGAAGGACUGUAAAUACCUGCUGCAAAUACCUGUAAAUACUUCAGCCAUCACCACAGAUCCAAACUAUCCUCUGGACAGGGCCAAGGACACGCGGGAUCCGCUGCAGCCGGGGUGGGGCUGGGCCAGGGUGGCUCCUGCUGCUCUUCCAUCCCUGCAAGCUUCGGGUUUUGGGUGGAGCUGGAGGAGGAGGAGCCUUUCAGGUCACUGUUACUGUACCUUAGACCAGCUGAAUGUUCCCAGAGAAGCCUCCGACUCCAGCCCUUGCUCAGGGAAAGCUGCUUGGGGAUGCAAAUGCUUUACCUGAGCAAAGCCCCUUGGCCUGCCACCAAAACCAACACAGCUGAUUCCUCCGAGGGCAGGGGGACGUCCUGGUGGUCGGGGGAGUUCCUGGCUGUCCCCAGUCCUGCUCUCUGGACAGCUCCUGAGCUGGGCUGGUACUUUGGGAGCAGAUGGUGACAGUUCUCCCACAUUCUGUCCUGCCUUCCUGCUUUUGGGCAAAUACUUGCUAGCACCUUUGUUGUUUGGUUUUUUUUUGUUUUUGUUUUUGUUUUUGUUUUUUUUUUAAGGGGAGAAAAAAAAGGACAAGACACUCAAAACUCGUAGUUCAAUCCUAAUUGUGGGGCUUGGAAAAUCAGGGCUCAAUUUCCUGUAGGAAUGGGAAUGUGGCUUCUGCACAUUGUGUGGUACCUGGGACCACAUCUUGACAUGUUCCUGUGUGUCCAUGUGUGUUCCCAGUCUGGGCACAGGGUCUGGGCUACGGAAGGUGGCUGAGACCACAGAGCCAAGCUCUCCCCAUUCCUACCAGCAUGGAUCUGCUGCUGUGGGUUGGCUCCGUGGGUCCUUUCCUGCUGCCUGAGCCCCUUCUAUACAGCCAGGAACAGCCUGGCCCUUCCCAGCAGCGAUUCCACCACUGGGAGAAGCGCCUGGAGCCCUGUGUUGGUCGUGUGUGCAGCUUCAGGAAGCUCCCAGGGGUGUGUGGUGGGGACCUUUCCAGAUCUCCCUCUCCUUGUCCCCAGCGGCCGCGUGUCUCAUCCAGGCAUCUCUUUGUUUACUGUCCACUUGUCAAAGAUGUGUUUGCGUUGAUUUUAUUUUUUAAUUUCUUUUUAUAAUUGAGUGGGGUGGUGAAGACUGAAUGCUGAUUUUCCUUCCUGUUGGCUUGAUUCAAUGAAGACCUGUGCUUGAAUGAAGAGUGUAGCUUAAAGCCAGGCUCUGGAAAGGCUGCAUCCGGAAGCGAACAAGCACAGCCGAUCGUGCAGGUGGAACUACCAUGGGAACAAAGUCCUUCCGACACUGAUUGUUGUGCAACGUGGGGCAUCACAGCUUGGUCAGAGCAAUUUCCUUCUGCAGGGGAGGCCUCCUCCUGCUCUGGGAAACCUUCAACGUGUAACUGCUAUUUAAUGCUUUUUCUUUUGGAAAUUGGAAUCACUGUCAUGCCGACGACGAGACUGGGAACCCUGAGGUUGAGCUCGUGAGUUCGUGGGUUGCUUGGUCAGCCCCUGGGCAGCUCAUGGUCAGCCCUUGGUCAGCCCCAUGUCCAGUACAGCCUGUGAGGAAUAAACUGGGCCCUUCCCAGGGCUGCCAUCCGUCGCGGGAGGCUCCGGAUUGCCGCGUGCUCACGUGUCCAUACGGCUGCGGCAGGGCUGGGAGAGGGGGCGGAUGGUUUUCAGAGUUUAUUUAAUAAAGUAGCUUCCUCCAAUCCAUUUUACUGAUGUUGUACAGCAAAAAAAAGCCCUCCAUGGACAAAUGA